AUGCAGUGGCCGCUGCGGCUGUUCUGGACGUUGGAUAUCUUCUUCACGCUCUUUACUGGCUACCAACUGCCCAAUGGCACAGAAGAGUUUUUUUUGCGAAAGAUAUGGGUGCGGUACGCCUCUUCGUGGUUGGUUCCAGACGCCCUGAUCGUCAGCCUUGACUGGGCAGAGUGGAUCCUCGCUGGGCGAGCCGGUCUGCUUUCGGGAUGGCGCCUGCUUCGCAUGAUACGGUUUCUGAGGCUUUUGCGGCUCAGGAAGUUCCUUUCUCUGGUCGUUCAGCGGGCCAAGUCGCAGAAGGCGGCGCUGCUGUUCGGCAUCGCGCAGUCCCUCGCUGCCAUUCUGUGCCUCGCGCACGGCAUGGCCUGUAUCUGGGUUGGGAUAGGGCGCAGAGAUGAUCAAGGAUGGGUGGCUCACGUCACCAGGGAGAGCGCCGGCGACGGGGUCGAGGCGACUCGGACGAACGGCCAGACCUACCUCCUGGCGCUGCACUGGGCCCUCACCAACUUCGCGGGCACCAUGGAGGUGCAGCCUCAGACAUUCUGGGAGCGGUUCUACGCCAUCUUCGCUCUCGCGUUUGGCUUCCUCGUGGCGUCCGCAUUCGUGUCCAGCAUCACGUCGAACCUGACGCGGCUGUCCAUGCUGUCGGGCAGGAGGGCAGGCGAGUUCAAGGACCUGAACACCUAUCUCAAAGGAGCGCCUCAUCUCGCGGAGCCUGAGGAACCGGGUCCUGGCGAACGCUCAGCACGUGAUCGCGGAGCAGGAGGCGCACUUGCCUGA